AUGGGAGGACGCGAGCUGCACAAUUUGAAGGAAAUCAGUCGGCCGUUGGCAAUCGCAAAUUGGCUAGUUGGUGCCGGGGUCCUGGAAUAUCCGACCGGGCGACCAAGAUAUCUGUUCAGCUUCCUUUACUCCAUGAGCUGUCUGGCGGCGUACUUUAUGGCCCUGAAUUUCUCCUUGCAACGAUUGAAGCUUUUCUAUGCAACGAGAGUCUCCGAAGCCGGCCGAUUAACUUAUAAAGCUCUUCUGUACGCGAACGUUCUCUUGACUUUGAGCGUCAUUGCUUUUGGAUGGAUACGGAGAAAGGGGGUGAAUUCGUACAGUCGUCGGCUGGGAGCAUCGGACGAUCUCAUGGAGAAGAUCGGGAUCCCAAAGAAUUACAGAAAAAUUUUGAUCAGGCAAAUCAUACACCUAGUGGCUGUCAUCGUGCUUUUGCUGAUCGUUAUCGCGGUGAAUUCCACUUGGAUCUUGAAUGCGGAAGUCGCAGGAAAUAUCAAGCUCUCCCUUGGAGUUUCUUUGUUCUACCCAGUCACGUUAAUGUACAUCGCUGAUGUCUCUUUCAUCAAUUGGGUGUGGUACUUAAAGACAAAGUUCAAGCAGUUAAACGUCUUCUUGUCGUCAAUUUCUACCACCGAUCUUCAGUUGCCGCGACACAGGAAUGUUCUAAAGUGGAAUGAUACCAUAAUAAAUGAAUUUCCCUCCGGGAUCGCCGACCAAUCGAAAACGAACGAUUCCUACAACAUGAUAAAAAUCGCCAGGCAAGUUCAUCUGGAACUGGUGAGAAUUUCACACGACGUAAACAGAGCUUACGGUAUUCAAAUUCUGCUCUCCUUGGCCGCAUCCUUUUCGCUGAUAAUCGGCCUCUUCUACAACGCAUACGUCGUAGCCAUUCGAAUGCAGGUUCCUCUGCAUGUACUAAAUCAGGAAUUGAUGACAACUGCGUGUUGGUCUCUAUUUUAUGGAUCCAAAAUCGCGGCAAUCAGUCAUAUAUGUGCACUGACCAGUUCUGAGGCGACAAGAACGGGGGACAUAAUUUGUGAGUUGCACGAGCCCUGUACCAGCAAACAAUUUCAAAUGGAAAUUAAAGAAUUUCUGCUGCAGUUAAUUGAGAAUCGUCUGGAUUUUACCGCUUGUGGCUAUUUCACCCUUGAUUAUGGGUUAAUUCGAACGGUAAUUGGAUCGAUAACCACUUAUUUGGUUAUUUUUAUCCAGAUAGGUGACAUCGCUCUCUCAGAGAAAAGUUUA